GUGCCGGCGGCUGGCUCGCGUACAGUGCGGUCGCACCUCGCCAUGCGCACACGCUCGCUACAUGGCGCGUCGCCUGGCGCUGCUUGCGCUGCUGGCGUGCGCGGCGGCUGCCAUCCGCCCGCCGCCACACUCCUACGACGUUUCCGACUCAGAAUCCUUAGACCCCUUCGUGCUCUGGGACGAUUAUGAGUCCUUCGAAACAACCCCCCGCCCUCCGCGACCGCGAACCACUAAAAUCAGUGCCAAAGUGAUAUUGAAGGCCAAAAGUCCCAAAGUGAACGUGACUAUGAAGAACACCAAAGGUGAAAAUAAAAAAAACGUUUUAAAGUCGACAACAAUCAAUAUUGAAAGUCACACUAAUUUCAUUAUGACGAAGAAGCCGACUAUAAUUGCUGCACAAAUCCCGGCGAAGGUUCCGUUGCGGCCAUACGUGACGGUAGUGGACCAGUACGAGUGGGUGGAGCAGCCGGGCGGUGCGCAGGCGACGCGGCCGCGGCCCAGCACGACGCAGCGGCCGCGGCCCAGCACGACGCAGCGGCCGCGCCCGCCGUCCACGCCACGCCGCCGCCCGCCCUCCACCACGCGCCGCCCGACCACUCGAGCUGUGCGGCGCACCACCAAAUCGAAGCCUAAACAGCAGACUAAGAAGACAACCACCUGUCCGCCUAAAAACACCGGAUGGUUAUCGACUUACUUCCAAGGGAACAAAAUCAAAAGAGCCCCAACAAAGCAAACAAAAUCAGGUUGGUUUUUAGGGUUCCUUUCAAAAGUGUAUAACUGGGUUUCGAAGUCUGCGUGGAGUUGGUUCAAGGGCAAGAAGACCAAAAAGGAGUCGACGACCACGACAACAACCCCGCCUCCCGUCGCCCCUGCUGCUUCCAGCGACUGGUUCCAAAACCUGCUGGAGUCGGAGGAAGGUGACGACGGCGCUUACAUGACCACAGAAGCCAAUAAAAAGCCGGCUAAGAAGUCGCUGAAAAAGAACUAUAAAGGCUAUCAGCUGCUGCGGGCGUAUCCGGACGCUCAGUGGAAAGUCCAUGAGCUGUUAGACCUUCAGGAGGAGGGCCAGGGCUCGGGGCUGAUGUGGUGGACCGCGCCGUCGCUCAACGGGUCUACCGACCUCCUAGUACCUGCUGACCUGCUGGUCGACGUCAAGGACCAUCUCAAGUCUUCGAAGAUUGACUUUGACGUGGUUAUUUGGGAUUUGCAGAAAGCCAUAACGUACGAGAAUCCACGGCUGUCGAAGAAACAGCGUUUGGAGUUAGAGCACCUCCGUGGUCACCCGAUGACGUGGCGCCGCUACCACCGCUAUGCAGACAUCUUGCGCUACCUUGAGUACAUACAACACUCGCAUGCUGACCUGGUCGAGUUGAUACCGCUGGGCAGGUCCUCUGAAGGGUUACCGCUUGUGGCUGUGAAGAUAUCUUUACCAACGAACGAAACGUAUGCGAAAGAGAGCAAGAAAAACAAAAAGAAGUGGCAGUUGCGCUCGCGCAUGAAGCCGGCGGUGUGGCUGGAGGGCGGUGCGCAUGCGCGGGAGUGGAUAGCGCCCGCUGUUGCCACGUGGAUGAUACACGCGCUAGUCGAGGGUGAAAAAGGUCUAGGUGCCGAGUAUGAGAUGUUGGAGCAAGCGGACUUCUACAUCCUGCCCGUGAUGAACCCCGACGGAUACGAACACUCUCACACGCACGACCGGCUCUGGAUGAAAACUAGAAGUCGCAUCACCGACACCGACGACUAUUAUGCCAGCUGGUUUCCAUGGAACUGGGGCCGCACUGAAUGCGUGGGCGUCGACGCAGACCGCAACUGGGACUACCACUGGGGCGAGCAGGACGCGUCGCGGGACCCCUGCGCGGACAACUAUGCGGGCCCGCACCCCUUCAGCGAACCCGAGACGCGCGCCGUCUCAGAGUUCCUCGCCGAACACCGCGGACAAAUUAAGGUUUACUUAUCCCUGCACGCGUAUUCCCAAGCGUGGUUGUUGCCCACGUCGCAUGCUCACGCGCCGUUUGCCGACGACGGAGUACUCAUGGAGAUGGGAAAGCUUGCCACCGCUGCUCUGGCGGACAUGUAUGGUACCAAAUACCAGGUGGGUACCGCGUCAGAGAUCAGGCAGCCAGCAUCAGGCAUGUCGCACGACUGGGCGAAGGCCCGCGCUGGUAUUAAGUUCGCAUACCACGUGGACCUUCGAGACUCCUUCGGACCGUACGGUUUCCUGCUCCCUGGCUCGCAGAUCGUCUCCACCGCUAGGGAAACCUGGCAGGCAGUCAAAGCAAUCGUCGACAAUUUGCAUGAGUAGACCAGUAUCUCCCUAUUAGUGAGUGAAUAUCGAAAGGGCUUCGAAACAACAUCAAUCGAAACAAAUAAGAAUAAGACUAUCAAUUCCGCGACUUGCCGCAUGGAUAUUUGAGCAUCACCAAUGCACUAUACAGUGCAACAAACACAGCCAAAGGAUGAGUCUCGAAUUACAAAGUGUUUGUUAACUGAGUCGCGGCCCCGUCAACUUUGGUAACUACUGAACUAGGCCGUUAAUCUGUCACAUAAACAGCCUAUGUCUCAUUGCUAGGCACAGGCCGCCACUCAAUCAAACGGAGGAUAGGUACUCAACCGCCAUUUAAUCCAACGGAGGUAUAGAUAUUCAAAUUCAAAAAUAUCUUUAUUCAGUAGGUAACAUAGUUAUACAUUGAAACGUCUUUUAUUAAAUAACGAACGUCUCAUCCUGAAACUACUGCAGCUCUCCACAAGCUGUAUAGCCGGGAAAAAAAGAAGCUGCAAGAAAAGCCUCGGCACAGGACAUGACGUUCUUUUAAAAAUAAAAAAAUAUUGUUAUACAAUUUAGUAAUUUGGCCGCCUAAUAUCAGUUCCCAGACAGUUUAUCCCAUGCAUUCAUCUUAUACAUAACCAUAACAUAACAUUACCUCCACCAACCCGCAGUGGAGCAGCGUGGUAGAGUAUGCUCCAUACCCCCUCCGGUUGAUUGAGGGGAGGCCUGUGCCCAGCAGUGGGACGUAUAUAGGCAGUCAUCUUAUAAUAACUUUUUCUUUUUUACAAAGUUUACUCCAUCACAAAUAAUAAACACUAUCUUACCUAUGUACUACUUAUUUAAAAGUGUAUUAUCCGGAUCGGUUUGAGAUCUAAGAACUCUAAUAUAUGACGCUACCUACUACACAAUAGGUACAUAAGAUGUAGGUUUUUACUAUAAUAGGAAAUUUAUAUUUAUGUUAGCAAAUGGCACUCACUUGCCAAGCAUUAGUUUUUUACUAGGCAUGUACUUAUUUACUAGUAACUGUGUGAUAGUCUACGUAGGAAGAUUCAAAUUUUAAAUAAUUAGGUAGGCAACGCCUACGUUAAUAAAUGUUUUACCCUAGAUAUCAAAAAAUACUAGUAGAUUUGAUAAUGUAUAAAACUGUAAUAAAGUACAAACAUGUU